CGGACCUUUACCCUCCAAUGGUGUAAGUCAAUGUCGAGUCUCAUCCCUCCCGAUCAUUGAGUGUGUGGGCUGAUGUCUUUGAGUGAUGGUCCGAUUCCUAGCCAGGUGGGAGAACUUACGAAGGUGAUCAUUUCCGGCUAAGCAAACGGCGAAAGCAUCCGCUUCAUGAUUCGUUGACCCUCUCACCACCCUCCACCCUUCCUGCAUUGCUCUUAACCAGGUCAUGAUGCUCAUGUGGCUCUGUGGCUCUUUCUGAUUCUCAAAGCCCGACUUCCUUCGUAGACACUUCACUCCCGACUUUUCGAGACGCACUACGGAGUAGUGUUCAAGUGCCUUCCUCUCCAUGGCUCCAGGCGUCGUAGCUGACGAUGGCAUUGCCAGACAUGGCGACCAGUCGAUAAGCCACAGCACUGGCGCCAAUGUCUGGCAUCCAGCGUCAAUCAGCACAGGCAAUGGCCGGCUACUGCGCGCUCCAGUCCAUCUGUACUCGACAAGCUUAGAUGAAGUCCACGACCUUGUCUGCGUCGGCUUCGGGCCUGCCUCACUUGCCAUUGCGGUCGCGCUUAACGAUCUGUUGGAGGCACAAACCAACAUGAGGGACGCCAUCAUCAGUCCCAAGGUGCGCUUUCUGGAACGGCAAAAUACGUUCAAAUGGCAUGCUGGCAUGCUGCUACCAGGAGCGAGGAUGCAAAUCUCCUUCAUCAAGGACCUUGCCACCCUUCGAGAUCCCUGCAGCUAUUUCACCUUUCUCAAUUAUCUCAAACAGCAUGAUCGACUUGUCCAAUUCUCCAACCUUGGUACAUUCCUGCCCUCGCGGCUGGAAUUCGAUGACUAUCUCCAAUGGGCCGCGUCACAUUUUCAUGAUGUCGUCCAGUACAGUCAGGAUGUCGAAUCGAUCCAUCCACGGAAAUUGGCCGGCACAGACAAGUAUGACUGUUUCGAAGUCGUCUCGCGCAAUCUCUCGUCGGGAAGGUCAAGCACUUUCUUCACUCGGAACGUCGUCAUUGCAGCAGGUGGGCGACCGUCCCGGCCUCCACAGUUUCCCGCCUUUCACGACAGGAUUCUGCACUCGUCAGAAUACAAUACCAGGAUUGAACGAGUCUUGCCAGACAAGGACAAGCCGUACCGCAUAGCCGUGAUGGGUGGUGGACAGAGUGCCGCAGAAGUGUUCAAUGAUCUGCAUGCCCGUUACCCGAAUGCCACUACGAGAAUGAUAUUCCGAGACACAGCCUUGCGACCGAGCGAUGACUCGCCUUUCGUGAAUGAAGUAUUCAAUCCCGAGGCUGUGGACACCUUUUUUGAGCAGCCUGACGAUUUCCGUUUCGACACCCUGAAGAAGAACAAGGCCACCAAUUAUAGCGUCGUCAGGCUUGAGUUGAUUGAGAAGUUGUAUGACGACCUUUAUCUGCAGGGCAUCAAGCAACCUGACCGGACACAAUGGCAACACCAGAUCCUUUCGUCGAGGGAUAUCACUGAAGUGACGGAUGACAAGUCAACGGGAGGCUUGGUACUCACCUUGACCAAUUUGGAACCACUCAGCGACAGAGCGACCGAAAAACUGGGUGUCGACGCACUCAUAUUGGCGACCGGCUAUCGGCGAGACGCACAUAUCGAUAUGCUUCGAGACUGUCAAAGCAUCAACGCAAACCGAAACGGUCAUUGGCAACCUGGACGAGACUAUGGGCUGAAGCUGGAUCCGCAAACGGUCGACGAAGGAAUGGGCAUUUGGUUGCAGGGCUGUAAUGAAGGCACUCACGGACUCUCUGAUUCAUUGCUUUCAAUCGUGUCGACAAGGGGGGGAGAACUUGUGGACUCCAUUUUUGGAAAAGACCUGAGCCUCAAUGGGCAUUGAAAUGAUAUCUCUAGCUCUCAUAGCAGAAGUCCAUAGCUGAAGGCUUUAGAACCUUGUGCAAAGCAUCGUCCUGGCAUAGACAGCCGAAGACAGUGCUGUGAGUGGUUGAUAAUACUGGAGACACACGAAUAUCUGUCAACAGCUUCCAUAGUACUGGGUAAGGUAGUUCGUCGUCUUUCCAGACAAUGAGGAACACGAUUCGCCCUCGCCUUUCGUGUUCGGUAUGACUACAUGGGCCACCGCAU